UCAUUCGUAACUCUUGUAGCGAAUCAUUUUAGCCUCAAGUUAACGUUGGCACAUGUAGGAUUUCACUACACAUUUUGUAAUUUCCGGCCGUUGAUUGGUAGAUUUUUGCUUAAAAUAGCGUAACGUUAUGCUAAAACCAUGUCCAACCCAGCCAACGUUAGGGUAACGUUAACGUUACGUCCAACAGAAGCAUAUUUGUAAAGUUUACGCUCCACUUCAAAUUAACGUUAAUGUUAACAUCAUUAAUAUAUCAGAGGUGAGUUUCGCUAGCGUUAGUUCACGUUAAUUAACACUGAAACUAAUGUGGUAACAUUGACGUUAGUUGACGUUAACGUUACGAUUAGCUAUGUCCGAAUAUUUGCCAACUUCUCGGUACCCCCACGUUAAACAUAACUAAGUCAGGUUAUAAACCAUGAGCUGGGCAGUGGAGGAGUGGAAGGAUGGACUUUCAGGGAAAGCCCUGCAGAAGAUCCAAGAGAUGGAAGUCCAGCUGGACAAACUGAAGAAGGAAAGGUCCCAGAAACAGUUUCAGCUGGACUCCUUAGAGGCUGCCCUGCAAAAACAGAAACAAAAGGCGGACAAUGAACGUUCUGAGACCUCUGCUUUGAAAAGAGAGAACCAGUCUUUAGUAGAGUCAUGUGACUCUCUGGAGAAAGCCCGUCAAAAGGCCAGCCAUGAUCUCGGAGUCAAAGAGCAGCAGGUGAGCUACCUGGAGGGUCAACUUAACUCCUGCAGGAAGACCAUAGAACGACUGGAGCAGGAGCUCAAGAAGUACAAAAAUGAACUGGAUCGUUCUCAGAGCCAGCCUGCUGGCUCUUCCUCCUUGUCAUCCUCCUCCUCUGAGCUUCAGCCCUACUCUACUCCACAGAAAAGUUUCCUUACCCCAGCUCCUGUCCCGGCCUACAGACAGCAGGAUAACAGAUUAGAGGAGCUUCAGGAGAAAUACAGCCAGGAGGUAGAAGAAAGAAAAAGGCUGGAGACUGAACUCAAAGUCCUGCAGGUCAAACUGUUGAGUCAGUCCUCAGUCAAUGUAAGCCACAAGGACAUUGCUGCCCGCCAAGGUGGAUCUUCCAUAUUCCCUUGGCAACAGCAGGAUCAGGCCCACAACCGCCAGUCUCAGUCAGAUGCAAUGGAAACGCCUCUGAAGAGGAGGGGGACAUCCCUGUGGGACGCCCAUGAGGAGACACCCAUUAAACCCAGCCAGCGGAUGAGCUCUUCCAGAGCAGUGCAGAGUCCCAGUGGAUCCUCCCAACAGAUGGAGCAGCUAAAAACCAUCAACCAAGAGCUGCGUGGCCGAGUGUCAGAGCUGGAGAGGAAUCUGUCUGCUCAGGAGAAGGAAAUUCGUAGCCAGGCUUCCAAGCUGCAGGAACUACACACCCAACUGAACCAGGCCCGCAAAGAGCUGACCGAACAGGACAGAGACCUGACCAAGACCAGCCACGAGCUGAGUCAGGCCAACGACAGACACCAGCAGGUUUUGGUCAAGUGUUCAUCAGUUGAGCAGAAGCUGAAACAAGUCACGGAGGAGAUGAGCUGUCAGAGGCACAACGCUGAGAGCUGCAGACGGGCUCUGGAGCAGAAACUCAAGGACCAAGAGAGAGAUGGUCAAAAGGAGCUAGCCCAGCUGCAAAGUUCUCACCAGGCUUUGGAACAGCAGCUGAACCAGACCAGAACCAAGCUAACACAAGAGAUCCAACAGUCCAAAAAAGACUACAACGUAGUGCAGGCUGACAUGGAGAAGAUGUGCUUCCAGAAGAGUCAGAUGGAGAAGGAGGUGGAGGAGCAGAAACAGAAACUGCUGAGGUCAGAACAGACCUUGCAGGCCAGCCAGACCAAAGAGCAGGACCUCCGCAAGAAAAUGGAGGAGCUGCAGAAAGAGAAGAACAGUGCGACUGUCCAGUUGGACCAGAGCAGCAGGCGUCUGAGUCAGCUGGAGGAAGAGAAGAAGAGUGCAGACCAGAGCCUCAAACGCAUCCAGGGAUUACUAGAUGACCUAAAAGCAAAAUCAGAGGGGCAGGCGGACGAGCUGAAGAGACUUCAGUCUAAACUGGAGCAGCAGACUCAGGCUUCGGCCCGGGAGCUUGAAAACCUGAAGAAGACACUUUCUGAUGCAGAGACCAAAAAUGACAGAUCUCAGAAUGAACUGCAGAAACAGAAGCAAGAGACAGAGAGGCUGACCAACAGAUUGACAGUCCUAGAGAAGGAGAGCCAAGAGCUGAAAUCCAAUCUCACUGCGAGACAGAAUGAGUGUAAGGAACUGAAACAAGAAUAUCGAGCUCUGCUGGAGUGGAGGAACAACAAGGAGACCUUGAUUAAUGAAACUGAGGCUGUGCAAAAAGACCUCACUGACAAAAUUGGCAACUUGGAGAGCAGUCUCAUCUCGCUGAAUGAGGCUAAUGAUGAACUCAAGAAGCAGCUCAUGAGUGUAGAGGGAGACAAGGCCAGUCUGUCUGCUCACAUUGAUUCCUUGAAGGGAGAACUCCUUAACAAGAGCACAGAGUUGGAGGAGAGGGAGCAUCAGUACAAGGAGCUCCAGUCUCAGUUCUCCAAGGCUGGACAGAAGCACACCAAAGACCUGGAGAAUGUUGCUGUGCAAGUGGCUCAGCUUGAGGCACAGGUCAAAGAUCUGGAGUUGCAGCUGCAAAAGGAAAUGACUCGAGCAGAGCAGGCUGAGAGGACCAACAAGGAGCUGCAGGACGAGCACAAGGCAGCCUGUGACUUGGCUCGCUCCAAAGACCAGCUGGUGGAGUUGGGCCAAGCAGAAAUUAGCCAGCUGAGAGAGAGCCUCGCUCAGGCCACUGCGCAGCAGGGGGAACAAAGUGCCAGGUUGGCAGAGGAGAAGGCAGCCCUACUGAAGCAGUGUGAGGAGAGUGUUUCAGCAAAGGCUGAAGAGACUGAGCAGCUCAAGCUGCAGUUGGAGGAGGCUCAGCAAAAGCUGCUGCUCACCAAAAACCAGGUCAGUUCCAUGGGUCAGUUCCUGAAGGUCCAGGAGCAACUGGGAGCUGAGCUGCAGAAAGAAAUUAAGACACUGUCAGACAAUGAAGAGGAACAUAAAAAGAUGAAUGAGAAAAAAUCAGAAGAGCUCAAACAGUUAGAGGAAGAGCUGAAGGAUCUGCAGAGCUGCACAGAAGAGAAGGAAAAGCAGCUCAGAGAGGCUGAAGCUCAGAUUUUGUCUCUGGAGAAACAAAAGGCUGAGCUGGAAGAUGCAGUUCAAGAGGUGAAGAAAAAGGCUGAGAACCUCCAACAGGCUCAUACUGAGAAGAUCAACAACCUUCUGGAGCAGAUAUCUUCCUUAGAAGAAGAGGUAACUGCAAGCAAAGAUGCAGCAGAGAAGCUUCCAGUCUUGAAGAAUGAACUGGACGCAGUCAACCAGUCCCAUGCUGACCUUAAGAAGUGUCUAGAAGCUCUUGAGAGGAGUCACUCCUCUACUAUUGAAAUCAAGUCUAACUUGGAGAACACCCUGGCUGAGAGAACCAGUCUGAUCUGUACUUUGGAGAAAGAAGUCAAAGAGCUCACAGAGAAGAUGAGCAAAGAGUCAGAGAGUCACGCUUUGGAGAUUGAAAAUGUUCUUAAACAAGAGAAGCGCCUUAAAGAGAAGCUUGAAGCCGCUAAGCAAUCAGUAACUGCUGCAAAAGUGGAAUCAAGUUCUCGACGGGAGGAGAUCAAGACCAUGAAGACGACUCUGUCUGCUGCUUCACGUGGCUUAGAAGAGAGAGACAACAUGAUAAAGAGUCUGAAGGAGAAGCUGAAUAAAGCAGAGGCAGAGCAGGCCAAAACGUCUGAUCUCCUGAAGGAGAAAAUGGAUGCCAUGAACAAAAUCAAGGUGCAGCUAGAGAUGCUGCAAAUGGACCUGGAGGACAACGAGACAAUCAUGAAUUCUUUUGACAGUCAGGUGGAGGAGCUGAGGAGAACCAUCGAGUCACUGGAGGCUCAGCUGGCUCAGAACCAAACCCAGAUGUCUGACAUGGAGGCCAGGCUGGAGGACAGCAAAGCCCAGGUCUCUGUCUUGGAAACCCGGUUAGAGGAGGUCCAAUCUCAGAACUCUGUGCUGGAGACACAAUAUGUCACAGCUAGGGAGGAGUUGAUGGAGAGGAGCUGUGAAAUAACUCGCCUGGAAGAGGAUGCUGUCAAACUAAGCCAGCUGGAGGAGAGCGUUGCCAUUUUAGAGUCUAAACUCAGUCAGACCACAGAGGAAAAUGUCAAGUUAGAGACAACUCUCAGGCAGAUAAUUGAGGACAAAGACAAUAAUCUUAACCAUUUACUACAAGAGAAAAACAAACUUGAGACUACUUUAAAACAGUUAACAGAUGACAAAGAGCAAGUCGAAACUGAACUUAUUCAAGUAAACGCGGAGAAGAAACAGCUGGGAGCCAGUCUAGACACACUAGCUGAGGAGAACAAACAACUGCAGACCAACAUUAAGCAGCUAACUGAAGAAAAGCAGAAAAUUGAUCAAAUAACUGUUGAGAAACAAGAAGCCGAAUCGACCCUUAGACAGGUGAUUGAGGAGAAAGCCCAACUAGAUGUUACCCUCAAUCUGAUAAACCAGGAAAAAAUCCAAUUUGAGGUUAGACUAGUCGAGCUAACCUCUGAGAAAAAAAACUUGAAUCGAGUAGUUGAGGAAAAGCUUCAGCUGGAAGUUAACUAUAAUCAGCUUACUGAAGAGAACAUCAAACUACAAUCGAGUGUGAAUCAAGUGACUGAAGAGAAGCUGCAGUUACAAGAAAGCAUAGAGAGGCAUGAAGACAAGGUGGCUUCUCUUAAAGAGGAGAACAAAUGCAUCCAGCAGCAGCUCGAGAUGAGAGAGGAGAACAGAGAAAGGAGCCAAAGGUUUGAGGCGGAGCAGGCAGAACUGCAUCAGAAGUUGGCAGGCUUACAGAACGAGCUGACUGUGUUACAGCAGCAGUACGAUUCACUGCUGGAGCAGGUGGGCCAACAAAACAGCCUCAUAAUUCAGCUCUCAGAAUUGCAGGAAACCCAGACCCAAGGAGGAAAAAUCAGCUACAUGGAGUCUGAGGAGACAGAAAUUGGUGCAGGAGCAGCAGGACAGAUUGCUGUAGAGCUGACACUUGAUCCAAGCGUCAGUACCAAUACUGAGUCCCUUCCGGUAAAGGAACAGCUGAGCCCUAUGGUGUCUGAACUGGGUGAACCUUCCCACCAGUCUGACGAGGCUUUCAGUGAGACAGAGCUGGUCUUCAAGGAGGACAUCAUUGAGCAAGAGAUGAUCCACGAACAACUGGGCGAGAAGAGGGAGGCAUGUGUGGCCGAUUUAGAGGAAAUGAGGGGGAACGAAGAGCAGCAGCAUCAACAGCAACCCUUAGAUCAGCUUCCUGAAGACAGCAGUUGUUCCAGAGAUGUUCUUGAAAGUAAACCUGAAAUCUAUGAGCUUUCUCCACCAUCUUCCCCCCUUGCGACAGAAUCACCCCAGGUACAAGAUGACCUCAACCACUACAAGGAAAUGAUCACAAAACAAGAAAAUGAACUCCAUUCCCUGCGCUCAGAGUUUGACCUACUGAACUCCGACCUCGCACUGAGAAAGGAGUUGACUGCCGAACUGGAAGUCAAAGUUCAAAACUCAGAGAAGAAAGUUCAUGCAGCAGAGGAAGAGGCACAUGGUGCAGCACAUAAGCUGAACAUCGCUUUGGAGGAGAAGAAAGGCCUUGCUGACCAGCUGGCUCAGCUGUCAGAGGAGAGGGAGACAUUAACUCUGCAGCUGCAAACGGUUAGAUGCCAGCUGGCUGAUGUUAUGGAGAUGCUGGAAGGACUGGAGAUGGCCAAAGGUGGAUGGGACGAGAAAUUCCUUCAGCAGGAGAGCGAGCUGAAGAGGGUUCGCUCCGAGAAAGCUAACCUGGAGCAGCACAUCCUGGGCAUGGAGUCUGAGCUGGAGACCUUGCAGGAGGAAAGGACCAAACUGAAGGAUGAGAUGGAGACCCAGAAGAGGACUUGUUCAGGCAUGGAGCAGCAGAUAGAAACACUCACGACAGAGACAACCCAGCUGAGGUCUGAACUUGUGUCCUGCACUGAGGAGCGAGAUGACCUGAACCAGUCUUUGGGCCAUUGGAGAGAGAAAGUUCACAGUCUGGAGAAGACUAAUUGUGAAACCAGAAACCUAAUUUCCAUCCUGGAGGACGACAUCAGAGCAGGGAGGAAGGAGUAUGAAGCCCUGCAAAGCAGCAUGGAGAAACUGAAGACAGAGAGGCAACAGCUGUUGGAGCAGAUUAAAGCGCUGGAGCAGGCAAUAUCCAAACAGAGUGGAGAAAGAGAGGAGCUUAUUGGGCAGCUUGACAAGAUCACAGAAGACCACACCUCGGCCAAUCAAAACACUGAGUCCAUGGUCGGCAAGAUACAGGCUUUAGAGGGAGAAGUGUGUCGUCUCUCGCAGUCUCUAGAGUCCUCUCUACUAGAAAAGGGAGAGAUUGCCUCUCGUCUGAACUCGACACAAGAUGAGAUCCAGCAGAUGAGGACCGGUAUUGAAAACCUCCAGGUCCGCAUCGAGUCUGACGAGAGGAAGAAAAAGAAGAUGGGGGAACUGCUCAAAGCUGCCCAGAGAAAGUCUGACUCACUGCAAGAUCGCAUUGAUGCCCUGGAGCGAGAGGCUGAAGAUGUAGAGCAAAGUCUGGAGGAAGCUGUGCUACAGGCUGAAACAGCCAAAGCUGAGCUGGAGGAGGAAAGGAGAAAGGUGGAGGAGGAGAAGAGAGAGCUUGGCAACAAACUAUCAGAGCUCUCUGCCACGCUGGACAACCUGAGAUCUGAGAAAGAACGCAUGGAGAGAGAGCUGGAAACAAAAAACAGAGAGAUAGAGGAACUGAAGGCCACUAAGGAGGAGCUGGAGAGAGGGUUGGAGAAGGCAGAGGUAGAUCGAAGAGAGGAGGAGGAAAGACAGAAAAACAGGGUAGAAGAGCUGGAGAAAGGAAUGAGAGAGGAAACAGAGAGGCAAACGAGACAAGUGGAUAACCUCCAGGCGCAGCUAGAAGCCUCUCGGCAGAGAGAGAUCUCCCUUGAACAAAAGAGUGCAGAAACAGAGAGGGAGAAAGAGAGGAUGCAGUCUCUGCUUGUAGAGAUGGAGAAAGAGAAAAUGUGUCUGCAGUCUUCUUUGGAGGAGUGGCAGACAGAAGGAGAGAGGCUCCGCUCUCAGGAAAAGGACUGGGAUCAAGAGAGAAACAACCUAAAGACCAGUACUGAGGCUUUGGAAGAAGAAAUUAAAGUGCUUAAAACACUCAUAAAAGCUAAAGAGGAAGAGAGAGAAGUGUUGGAGAAGGAGGCAGAUCAGAGACACGCCUCAGUAAAAUCCAUCUCAUCUCUUAUGGCGGAGAACAAACAGAUUGAAGAAGAAAAUGGACGGCUGGCUGAGGAGAAAGAGAAACUUCUCUCGACCCUGUUUUCAGUGGAACAAGAGCGAGAUAACCUGCACUGCAGUCUUGCAUCUGUAGAAGAAGAGAGAGAAAGACUAGAACAAGAGAGGGGGGUGUUAGCUGAUGAGAAAGAGAAGCUUCAAUCCAGCCUUUCCUCGAUCGAAAAGGAGAAACAUGACCUGCAACAAAGUCUCUUUUCAUUAAAGCAAGAGAAGGAAAGAAUAGAGGACGAGAAACAGAAGUUAGAGGCUUUAAUUGAAGUAGAGAAAAAUAACCUGUCGUCAGCUCUUUCUUCACUGGAACAAGAGAAGCAAAGAGCAGAAGAGGAGAAAGAGAAACUCACAGAAGAACAAGACAGUCUUCAGUCUACAGUUGCCUCUAUGGGGAAGGAGUUGGAAAUGUACAAGUUGUCUGUCGAACAGCUCAAUGAGCAGGUGUCAGAGCUGACAUGUCAUGCCGCUUGUGUGUCUAAAGAGAGAGACUCUGCCCUGAGCAAGAUGAGUCUUUGGAUGAAGACGUGCAAACAGCUGGAGCAGGAGAAGCAAGUGAUGCUAAACAGCUCAGGCGAUGGAAAGAGCAGCGAGGAGGUGCAGACUGACGUGAACCAGCUGAAGACGGAGGCAGAGGAGAGACAGAAGGAAGUGGAAGACCUGAAGACUGCCCUGCAGCAGAAGAGGACAGAGGCAAAAGAAAAAACUAAGGAGGUGCAAGAACUUAAGGCUGCCCUCGAUGGAAGGAAGAAGGAAUUAGAAGAGAGAAACAGAGAGCUGGAGGAGAUGAAGAGUGAGUUGAUUGAACUAAACAAACUUCUGGAGGAGAAAAGCAUCGAGGCAGAUGAGAGCAUGGAUAAAUACUGCAGCCUGAUGGUUAAAGUCCACAAACUGGAAGAGACCAAUGAUGCACUGACAACACGACUGGAGCAGCUCACUGCUAACCAACGUGCUAACGUAACUAACAUCCACUCCAGCAGCACUGACAGUACGCACUGCCGGCGCUCAGGAAGGAAGUCUUCCUCCAAACAUCAGGAAGGAAAACUGGGUGACAACACUGAGAACAUGGCUCCUUCAACACCUCCAAGGUCUCCUCAGGGAUCGUCUUCAGGGAAACGGGGUCACCAUGAUAUCUGUGAUAAAGACAGUGCCCAGGAGGCCCUGCACAACCUGACAAAGAAGAUCAAAGCCAACGCAGUGACUACGCCUAUACCAAGAACUGAACCGGAAGAUGAGGAGUUCAGACCAGAGGGACUUCCAGAGCUGGUGCAGAGAGGGUUUGCUGAUAUUCCUCUGGGGGAGGCCAGUCCAUUCAUCAUGAGGAGAACCGCAGUGAGGCGCUGCAGUCCUCGACUGGCUGCCAGACAGACUGUUCCCACAUCUGCACCUGACGUCAAGGUUUUGGGGCCCAUACCCCUCCAGAGUCCCUCGGCAGACGGCUCCAAUAGGAAGUGUCUCUCCCCAAAUGGCGAGGAGAAACUGCGUCGUUCACUGAGUUUACGGAAGACGCCAGAACAGAAAGAGAAACAACUUUUAAGAGAACAAGCACAACAACAAGACAACUGUCACGUUCAGUAGAUCGACGUACACACACACACAUUCUUGCACUUGUGAUUUAUUUGUAGAAAUAUACACAUGCACACUCAUAAAUGCACAAAAGAUUAACACUCCACUUUUUUGUUUUUUAAAAACACUCACAUUGAACUUUAAAGACAUUAAUUUUAAAAUUUAACAUCCACCCUUAAAGCAUUUAACACUUAAGAUGCACAUUUUUCUUACUUUCUUUUUGGGGGUGGCGGGCUGUGUGUGUGUUACACUUUCUUCCAGGACUGCAGAACUUACUCAUUCAUUAUGCUCUGUUUUAAGUGAUUUUUAAUGAAACUGUCUGCAUCUUUAAAAUGUCAGAUAAAUAUUUUUCCUGAGUGUUUUUAGAAUUAAUGAAACCACCUUUGUUUUAUGAUCUCUUCAUUUUGUAAGUAUCUUUGUGUAUUUACCACCAUUUUCUUUUGUACUUUUCUGAUGUUCUUGGUGUAUGUGAGAAAUGUCUUGAACUUUGUACAUAGCAGAUGAUAUAUAUGGCAAGAACAGCUAUGCUUCAUCCAUCUAUUAGUCCUGUAACUUAUCACCUGAUUGCUAAUGGCAGCUAAGAUUGUGUAGAUUUUCUGCUCUGACUUUCAUAUUUUCUAGAUAUUGUUAUAGUCAAGAAAACAGCUGAUUUUUUUGUUUUUGUUUAGACUUUUGUCUUUCUUACUGAUCUUUGCAACAAAUGCUGAAACUAGGUCUGCUUUUUAUCAGCUUCUGGAUUUUAUUUAGGUAUAAUUCAAUGUUAUUGACAAUGCCAAAUAGUUUAAAAUUGCCCUUUUUUACUAAAUGAUUUCUAACUGCUUCAUAA